GCAGCCGGAGGAACAGAAACGGGGCUUGCUGGAGUGGUCGGAGGGAGGGUCGCGCGGAGGCGGCGGGGAGUCCGCUGUUGCCAGAGGCGGUCCCGUGCUGGAAAAGCCGCUCACGCCGCAUCGCAGCAGCCAGAGAUCCCGAAGACAGAAAAGAAUGGCAGACUUUCCUGAUGCAGCUCCUCUGGCUACAAAGCUUAGAAAUACCCUUAUCCAGUACUACAACAUUGAGGAAAAUGCAUGGAGAAUUGCUAAGAAAACAAAAGAUACUACUGUUUGGCGCAAGCCUUCGGAAGAAUUCUGUGGAUAUCUCUACAAAACACAAGGGAUUGUGGAAGAUGUUACCAACAGAAUAGUAGAUCACAUUCGUCCUGGACCUUAUCGACUCGACUGGGAUAGUCUAAUGACUUCCAUGGACAUUGUUGAUGAGUUUGAAGAGAAUUGCUGUGUGAUGCGCUACACCACCGCUGGUCAGCUGUGGAACAUCAUUGCCCCGAGAGAGUUUGUUGACUUUUCCUACACGACGGACCAUGAGGAAGGGCUUCUGUCAUGUGGUAUUAGCCUGGACUAUGGUGAAGUAGGACACAACUUUGUCAGAGGAUUUAACCAUCCCUGUGGCUGGUUCUGUAUUCCACUCAAGGACAAUCCUCGACACAGUCUUUUGACUGGUUUCAUCCAGACAGAUCUCCGUGGAAUGCUCCCCCAGUCUGCAGUAGACACUGCCAUGGCUUCUACACUGACUACAUUUUAUUCUGAUCUCAGGAAAGCUCUGAAAGCAUAACUGGUGCCGAGUGUCUCUUGCAGUCCUCUUUGUGCCGUAUGUUUUAAAAAUCUAGGGUAGGUUGGUAGCUUCCUGCAUGAAGGCCAGUAGUAUUUCCUUUAUAGGUGCUAAUAGCAACCCUUAGACCAAUUGGGAGCAUGUUUACUGAAGGAAGGACGACUGAGUUCAGUGAGACUCUUGGCAAGUAUCUCUUGGAUUAUAGCCCUGGAAAAGUCAUAGGAAUAUUUUGGAUAAUGCCUGAAAGGUCUUUGCCUGUUCCUAGUUUAAGACAUAGUUUCUGUUCAAUGAUUUUCUCUCAUACACACAGCCUAGCCCACAACCCAUUUAAAUGGAGACAGUAAUAGGACAUGUGCAAUGCCAUCUCAUUUAUCCUCAAGGAUGAAGAGCCAGUGUGGUGGUGUGGUCAAAUUAGGAGUGAGGAGGCCUAGCUUCUGCUCCUUCUAUUCAGUUACAAAACUUUGGACCAGCCACUGUCUCUUAUCAUAGCCUACCUCAUGUGGUGGUUGUGAGAAUAAAAUUGGUGCGGGGGGGAUGACGCUCUUAGAAGUGUUCAGUAACUAGAAGUAUUAGUAAUAAUGGAGAGACUAUAUUGGCUGGAAUUUAAGCAUUGCAGCCACUGUGUAUUCUCAGUCACUGUUCUGGGCUUGUGUUGUUGCAUGCAACUAAAUCUUGAUUGAGGCAGAAGCUGUCUUGAUCUCUAAGGAACAGAUGGCCCAAAUGAAAUUUGAUGUGAAGUGAAGAUUUAGGUAAUCUUGCCACUACUAGGUUGUUAAAAUAAACAUCGAGGCUGUUCCCACGAUCAAAAUCCCUAGUGGCUGGGGUGGGGGGGGGAGGCAGGAGCCUUUCUGUUUCCCCCACAUGAGCAGAUGCUUGCUAGAGCUCCACUGCACUGUGUGCCCACACAACUGGCAUGGCAGAGCUGAUUACAUAGGGGAUCUGGAGGAGGAAGUCCUCCAGGACCCCACAAUGCAUUGCAUGGGAAGUCGAGAGGCUUCCUGCCACAAUGCUGCAGCUCCCAGCUUUCUGGCCACUCUUUAAGUGGCACUCUGUGAUCCUCAGGGAGCCGGGCUGCUGGGAGCUGCAGAACACUGCCCCAAUCGCGCACAUGAUCCGGGCUUGGAAGGGAGCACUCGGUCCCUUAACCCCAUUUAGUAAGGUGGCUAAAUAGGCAGGUUUGCCACCAUGGAGUCACCAGGAUUGGGCCAAUUCCAGGGGUUCACAUGCCCAGUUUUGCGUGUGUGUGAGUGUGAAUAGCCUCUCUGUGUACUUACCAUACACUCUUAGAAUUCAGGGAGUAAUUUGUCUACUUAAAGGGGGGAUUAGGGGGCCAGCGUAGGUAUGCAUGUUGGUGCGGAUUUACACAAAUGGUAGUUGGUGGAUUGGAAUAGGGAACUGCUUCAUCACCACCAAGCUGAGAGCACUGUUUUCUGUUCAGCUAGGAGGAAUCAAGGAGCCCACUUCUGUGCGCAUAGUGCCCCUGGCUGGAUCAGGGGAUCUGCUCCAUGGCAAGUGAGGAUGCGGAUGUCUGAUAAUUUAGCUUGUGUUCUCCGUCGUGAGAUGACUGGGCUUGUUGUAUGAAGUUCUGGGUCUGCCAGGGUUACAGAACAAUUAAAAUGGCUUUGUAUGUUUCAGGGAAGGGACAUUAAUGUAUGUGCUGUGUGGGUAGCAUAGCAAGUCCCUCAUCAAUGCCUAUGGGGAAUGCUAGAGGGCUUUUCACUAAACUCAGGAAAUACAUUGUAAAUUGCACAACUAGAGAGUCAAGCCAUUAAAUCUUCGGGUUCAAUUCAGGUUCACCAUUAGUUUUUUGCUCUCUAAUUCAGACACAAACUCUAAAAAGCAGUUUGGUAACUGGUUUGGACACUGACUGGUUUUAAAGGAGUUUAGGUAACUUUCAUGCAGAAUAAUAUCAAGCUUUGUUGCUUGCAGUGUACCUCUAUAAUGCACAUACAAUAACUAAAUUAACUCCAUUUUCUCACACUGUUCUGAAUUUUUAAACAGCUUUGUCAAAAACAUGAAAGUAAAACUUUCAGUUGUGCGUUUGAAACUUGACUGUCCGAUUUGUGAACCGCUUGUGAUUGCGGUACAAUAAUCAGGCCCGCAGCUCAUAAUUGUAUGGUUAUUGUUUAAUUAUCCUGUUGUAAGUACUUUGGUUAUAAAACCCUUUACACAUUCAAAAACAAACAGGGGCCUUUUAUGCUUGGGGGUUCAGGUUCCAGACAACCAAAAGAUUUUAGGUUUGGGUUCAGUUCUGGUUCAUUGAAGAAACCUCUCAAUUGGUUUUGGGGUUCAGGUUGAUUCCCUGGGUAUAACCAUAGGUUGAAGUAACCUAUAUUGAAGGUAUAUUUGUGAAUUACUGACUUCCAAGUAUAUCUGGGAAGUUGAUGUGUCUAUGACUGGAAAAAUGUAUUAAUUACAUACAGACUGGUUUGUGUCUAUGCAAUGUGCCCCCCAAGUAAAAAUGCACACGAUUUAACUAGGCAAUGGCAAAAAAACAAAACACACCUCCCCCCCCCAACAAAAAACUUAGAAGAAUUCUGCAUUCUUCCAAGUGUGUGUGUGACUGAUGCUUGAGUGUCAAUGUAUCAAUAAGAAUACAUUGAUGAGCAAGAUGUAAACCUUUUAAUCUGAUACUGGCUGACAUGAUGCCCAGCCAUUGUUGCGAAUGGGGAAACCUGUGGAAAUGCGGCUUCAGCGCCCGCUGCUUCUGACAGCACCGGAGCUUGCUUUGCAGUCCACAGCAGUCCCCGGGCAGACCAUUACAGUGAUGGUAGGCUGCACAUCAUCUCAACCGCUAGAAUUAGUUUCCCUGUUUAGAGAAGGGAGCCUUAUUAUUGACAGUGUACAGACGGUUGUUUUGGAAAAGCAAUGGGAUCAGCUUCUGCCUGAACACUACCAUGGCAGUAGUCCCAAGCCAGUACUGGCAACUUGAUAACUGCAAAAAAUUAAUAUGAGAUGGAGAGAGGCUGACUGCAGGGGGAAACGUUGUGAAUUCAUAUAUAUAUUCUCCUUCUUGCACAGAGCCAGUAAACCAGUGAAGAUUGUUUCUGGCCCAGUCUGUUUCACUCAUAAGGGAAAGCAGAGGACUGUAGCAGCGCCCUGUUAUCCAAAACGCUUUACGGAGAGGGAGAGGCAGCCUUGGAUUUCUUCUUGUUUGAAGGGCUAAAAACACAGAUAUAUACAUAUAUCGAUAAGCGUUCAUCCUGUCAUGUAUUUUGUAUUACUUACUAAUCCUGACCUAAAGGUAGGGGCGUAGGAGACUCCUGGUGGCCCAGGGCAAUGUUUGUUUGGGGUCUCCCUGCGUGCCCUAGCAGCAGGCGGGCGGGCUUUUCAGCACGCCAGCUUCUCUCCAGCCAGUGCAUGGGCCUCCCCAUUCCCUGCCCAGCACACUGGCUUCUCUUGCGCCUGCGCAUGGGCCUCCCUAUUGAGUAGGGAGAGCAUUGCGUGCCGUGAUGUCACGGCAUGCAGUGCUCUGCCUACUCAAUGGGGAGGCCCACGUGCAGGUGCGAGAGAAGCCGGCAUUGUGGGCAGGGAAUGGGGAGGCCUGUGCAUCGGCCAGGGAGAGGGGAGAAAACUGCCCACCGCUGCCGCAAACAAGGGUAAAAGGGAAAGAGCGGCAGGUGGCAUGGGUGGGGGGGCAGGGCCCUUGUGGGCCCCUUGACCCUCCGGGCCCAGGGACAUUUGCACCCCUUCAUCCAGUGGAUGCUAUGCCCAUGCCUAAGGGGUUCUGAUUCAAAAGCUGAGAGAGAGACUGAGAGAGACUCAGACUCUUAUCUGAAUUCUGUAGUCUUAUUUCCAUGCUUGCGUAUAUGUGUGUGUGUUAAAUACUUUAGAAGCAGAGUAACCUUCAUUGAUUACAUUGUACCCAAACUGUGAAUUAUUAGCAACAGCAACAAAAAAUCGUUAGUAGCCGUAACUAUGACUGGUAAUGAAAUAGUGAUGCAUGUGGAUAUAUAUGUGGAAUAUAUACACAAAACUGCUGUGGUUUAUUACAAAUAGAGGGAUAUAUCAGGUUUUCAGUUCUGCUCCAAACAUUUAAAUACAAGACCUGUAAUUUGUAUUGCUGGUUUUACAAUGCAGUGUUUAACUGCCCCAAAUACUUAACAUAUUUAAUAAAUCCAGCUUAGGCCUCAUACUUCCCAUGUCAUGUCACCAGUUAAUGUUCUGGGUACAAAAUUCCAUGGGGAAGAAUCCAUGCAGACAGUGAUUCAAGCACAUGUAAGUACUUUUACAUCACAUUGAUUUCCAUGAGCGAGAUUCAAGCAUGUGCUUAACUUUCUUGUUGAAAUCAGUGGGACUUAAAGAAGCUCAAUUUUGUCUAGAUACUAUCCAGUUAAAUAUAUUCAGCAUUGCUAGUGUCUGUGCUUCUGAAGAGUGGGCACUCAUGCGGGGAGACUUCACUGAUCCCCCUUAGCCCAGAAGCUAAGUGUGACAGCACCAGUAGGUCUCUGAGGGUGUCACCACCCUCAGGGACCGAGUUCCAGAUUGCUUUGAGUGCUUGUGGGGGAAAUGGGGGUAGACAAAAAUAAUCUGUCACCUGUGCUUCAGAAUCAUGAGUGUUGGUGUUGUGCAUAUGCAUUCUUUGCUUCUACAGGUGCAGAGUUAAUACGUUGGCCAUUGUCUGUAAGAAUAGCUAAUGGUGUUUAAGAAACAUAGCUGCCUUUUAGCAAAAGGCAGGAUAUACAUUCAAUAAAUAAAUAUUCCUGGAUAUUGUUUUCUCAUGGCUCCUCUUCUGUUCCUUGCCAAGAAUGAAUUCGAGUGCUUGUGUAGAUUUUCUGACAGUAUCCCGAUGACUUAUUUUUAAAAAAACCAAACUUAAAAAAAAUAAAUUAAUAGGCUUCAUUUAUUUGAGCAGAUGUUUUUAAACUCACUUGCUGGCCCAAGUGAGCAUAAUUCCACGGAAGAUAAAGAAAUUGCUUCUGGUAAUCAAGAUGAUGCUAGGGAUGGAAGACUAAAAUUGUGUUAUUGCUGUUCUGUAGCAACUUAUGUGAGAUUGUAUUUAUAUUUUCAAUAUGAGUGACAUAUAUUAAAGUAUAAAGUUCAAAAUA